AUGGAAGUUGCCUGGAUCACAAAGAACCACGGUGACAAUCCCUACAAUGCACGUACACUUGCAUCCGAGUCCUCGAUAGAAGACUUGCUCAUUCAAGCGAGAAGGAUAACGUACGUAAUCGGCCUGGCCGAGAUGAGACGACGCCACUCUUUCAACGCCGUCUAUGACACCGCACAAGAACUGUUUCUCGGAACAUGCGACAGUAGAGGCGUCAGCGGCGUCGUCAGCACGAGUUUGUCCAUGAACAUCGGUUCAUUCGAACGGCCUGCAACCCGAAUCGGACGCUUACGAUUGAAGAGAAGUGGAUCAAUAACGGCGUUGACAAUCUUCGUCGUUUACGCGCCGACAUCAAACUAUGACGAAGAAGUCGAAGCGUUCUAA